AUCGUCGUGUGUUUAGUUUAUCCAGAGGUAUACAUCUGUCAUGUUGGUGAUGGAGCCAGUGUUGUGGUGUUGAUAAAUACUGUGAUUCGAGAUCGGUAGCGAGCAAACGAUGAUCAAUCCCAACAGGUGGUUGCUGCUUCUUCAAGUGGUUUUGACAUGCGUGGCAACCGGAAACGCGCUGCGGCUGGCGGCUUACAUUUCGUCGGGGGGCCUACACGGGGAAAUCCGAUUCGAGCCGGCUGGCAGCAGCCCAGCUUCGGCGGUUCGGAUUCGUUUGGCUCUGAAGCCGACCCUCCAAUACCCGGAUCAGCAGUGGCAAUGGCACCUCACCGAGUUCCCGGUCGACUACACCGCUAUUCAGAAUCGCUGCGACGAGCGGUACCUUGGGAAAAGCAUCGUCAAUCUGACGAAGAUUGUGGGCCCGCUCGAGUUCCCAGGCAACGAGACCGGCUCGGUCGAGGUUGCCGAUCUCCACCUCUCGGGUGAAAAGGGCCUCUGGGGCAGGGGCCUUCACCUCCAGGACAAUCUCAGCGGACGCGUCAUUUGCUCGUCGAUAACGGUAGUGGACCGCAACUCGGAAAAGUUGGCAGAGGCCCGGUUCAACGGACCGGUAGCCGGCUCGAUAUGGCUGCGGUGGCUGGGCGCGGGCGGUCAGCCGGGCGACAGCGCCGUCGACACGAUCAUCCACGCGAGUCUCCAGCACACCGGGGACCAAAAGUCCGAGGGGCCCUACACCACCGAGCACCACUGGAAGUUCUACGUCACCGACAUACUCGACAGCAGUAAAGAGCGCGCCUCCUGCAACAUCCUGCAAACGGUCUUUGACCCGGACGACGCUGGACCGGAAAAAUCGAUCGGCGACGUGGACUCGCGGCUCGGCAAGAUCCGCGUGGCUUCGCGCACGAGCCCGGGUUUCAAGAGCGCCUUCCGGGACCCGGAGCUCGCGCUCCUGUCGGCCGACCUGCUGAGUCCCCAUCGCGCCCUCUACAUCGUCAUCUUCCACCCGAUCCACGAGGACCUCUUCCUCGCCUGUGCCAAGCUCAAGCCUCGGCGGCCCCUCGUAGCCAAGUCUAUCUUCAACUCGCGGGGCAUCAAGGGCGAGGUGACCCUCGUGCAGGAGACCCCGUUCGACCCGACCUGGGUCAACGUGUCCCUGUCGGCUAUCAACGACCUCGAGACGAGGCUGCGCUACCAGACCAAAGUCGCGUACUACCGAAUAAACGAGCUGCCCCAGGAGCCGAGCAAGUUCCUCGAGGACGUGGUCGAGCCGUGCUCCACGACCAACAACCUCUACGAUCCCCUCAAGACGAACGAGAACGGACAAGUCCCGCCAGCUGGGUACGGCACGCAGGACCAGUACGCCGUUGGCGACCUCUCUGGUAAGCUCCAGGGACGCAAGGAGGGCUCGCAUCACCUCGACAUCCUUUCCGGAAGCGCGAAACUGAGCGGCCUCUACUGGGACACUUAUCUGCCGCUUUCGGGGAUCCACAGCGUCGUUCACCGAUCUUUCGUCAUCUACAAGAACAACGAGACGGACACUAAAUCCAAUCCAUUGCCGUGGACGUGCGGUGUAUUUACGCACCAGUUGCCCAACGGCGCGGGUAGAAUGCCAAUGAUGACGGCCGAGGUGGUCUUCCGAUACCCAAUAGUCGGUAAGAUCGUAUUCCGGCAGCCCCGCAACGAGCCCGACAUGGACACGACGAUCAUCGUCGAGCACCUGAUACACUCGGACGGUGGUGCCCUCAACAACACCGUUGAUCACAGGUGGAUGAUACACGAGAACCCACCGGGCCAGGACUACUACAAUUGGACGGCCAGGUGCCUCAGCGCAGGCGCCCCCUACAACCCGUACAAGAUCGAGUGGGAUCCCAAACAUCCGGAGCUGUGCUCGGCGGAGGGACCGGUCUUCUGCCGGUUGGGCGACUUCACCAGACACGGGACCCUCAACAUCGCAGGCAGCAAAGCCGACGGUCUAAGACUGAGCCGCAAGUUGUUUACCGAUCCUUUGGUUACUCUGUCGGGGCCGCACACCAUAUUCGGCAAGAGCAUCGUCAUAUACGACGACCACGGCCCCAAGGCUCGAGGGGAGCGCCUCGCGUGCUCGACAAUCACCGGGUUGCACAGGAGAAAAGCGGUGGCAAAGGAUUGGUUUGGAAACGGCGAGGAGAUAACGAUAAGCGGGAAACUGGAGUUCGUCCAGGAGAGCCCGUACGACGUGACGGAUGUCGAAGUCGACCUCGAGGGUCUUAACGGCAAAAUGAGCGGCUACCACGUCCACAUGACACCGGUGGAGCUGGAUCUGGAGUUCCCGUGCGACGACACGACGCUCUACGGGCACUGGAACCCCCUGGGUGUUAACGCGAGCGCCUCCCCGCCACCAGCUGCCGGUAGCAACGAUCAGUACGAGCUGGGUGAUUUGAGCGGCAAAUUUGGAACCCUCGACGGUAGGAAGCGCUACGCGGUGGCUUACAACGAUACCCAGCUGCCGCUCUUCGGGCCCAGGAGCGUGCUCGGGCGCAGUAUAGUCGUUCACAAGAAGGAGAAGAACGCCAGGUGGGCUUGCACGACGAUAGAGCGCGGGUAUUCGCCUUCAGAAGCUCGGGAGCUCAGGGCCAUCGCUUCGUUUCACCAUCCGCAGGGAUUUGCCUAUGGCUACAUUCGCAUGACUCAGCUGAUUUACAAUGACGGUAGUCAAAGCGACACGACGAUUGAAGUCAAUCUUCGCCAUCCCGGCAAACACGAUCGUAAUGUUACGAGGAACCACAACUGGGCGAUAUACGUGAACGCCGUGGGAGUCGACGCCACAGUUAAAACCAAAGAUACCCGAUGCGUGGCUGGAGGUUACAGGUGGAACCCCUACUUUACGCAGCUGGCCGAUCCUCUGAACGAAGACCUCUACAGACAGGAGUGCGGCCCGGAUCUUCCUCUGCGUUGCGACGUGGGUGACCUAUCGGCGCGCGUGGGACCGAUCGACAUAGGUCUCGGGCGACGCAUCCUCGUGGAUUCGAACUUUCCGCUCGAGGGCACAGUUUCGGCCUUGGGUCGUUCGAUCGUCAUCAUGGACCAGGAUUUCGGCGGCUACAGGUUCGCUUGCGCCAACAUCGAGCCGGACAACGACAUCAUCAAGUACGCGAAUAUCCGCAAGCCACCGCGGUUCGUUGCGGCCCAGUUUUUGGAGGACGUGCGACAAGUUAUGGGGAUUCCCGAGUGGAUGCUGUCCAUCGACAGUAGGAAAACCAAAAUUCUACACAACGGCGCAUGCGUACAGUUUUUGAUGCACUUUAAGGGUACACAACAAGCACAUUAA